CAGAUAUUGAUGAAUGUACUGAAAAGCAUCCAUGCAGCCAGCAUUGUCGUAAUUCAUAUGGAUCAUUUGUUUGCUCUUGUGCUAGUGGUUACGUUUCAACUGAUGGUGGCAUUUCUUGCAAAACUAAUAGCACUGUAAAACCUACACUGAUUUUUUCUAAUCGUUAUUAUAUUCGUCAUAUGGAUCUUCAUGGACAUGAUUCUGAAUUACUUGCUCGAAACUUAACGAAUGCAGUGGCAUUAGAUUAUGAUUGGGAGGAAAAAUGUUUAUACUGGUCAGAUGUUACAGCAUUAGGAAGCAGUUUAACUCGCAUGUGUCUAAAUAAAUCUAAUCAUGAGAUACUCCAUGCCAGUACUGUUCAAAGUCCUGAUGGGCUUGCGGUUGAUUGGGUAGGACGAAAUUUAUACUGGUGUGAUAAAGGGAAAGACACAAUUGAAGUUUCUAAAUUAAAUGGACGUUUUCGUAAAGUUUUAAUCAGAGAAGGUCUUCAAGAACCAAGAGCAAUUGCUUUAGAUCCUUAUCAAGGAUACAUGUAUUGGACUGAUUGGGGAGAAAAACCAUACAUUGGAAGAGCUGGCAUGGAUGGAAGUGAAUUUCAAAUGAUGAUUAAUGAAUCUUUAGGAUGGCCUAAUGCAUUAACCAUUGACUAUGUAACUAGAGAGAUUUUCUGGGCAGAUGCUCGUGAGGAUUAUAUAGCAGUUGCUGAUAUGAAUGGUCAAAAUAGGAGAAUUGUUAUAAGUAAAGGUCCUAUAGAUGCUGUACAUCAUAUUUUUGCAUUGACAGUUUUUGAGGACCAAUUAUUUUGGACUGAUUGGGAAACAAAAAGUAUUGAAAAAUGUCACAAGUACCAUUGUCAUAAUUUCACAACAGUUACAACUACAGCUCAUCGUCCUAUGGACAUCCAAGUGCUACAUCCAUAUAGACAGCAACCACUGAGAAAUGCUAAUCCAUGUGAGAAUAAUGGAGAAUGCACUACAUUAUGUUUAUUAAAACCUGGAGGAGGUUCUAUAUGUGCAUGUCCUGAAAAUUAUGUUUUGCAAUCAGAUGGAAUAUCCUGUAAAAACAACUGCACAAGGUUUAUUUAUAUAAAUUACUGUCUUACUAGCAAAACUGAAUGUGAAAAAGAAUUUUAUUCUCAUUCACAUUCAACUAAUCGAACAUGCCCGUCAAACUAUUUUCGAUGCAAGUCUGGUCGUUGCAUUCCACUUUCAUGGAAAUGUGAUGGUGAUUAUGACUGUACAGAUAAAGAUGAUGAACCUGCAUCUUGUAAUGAUUACACCACUUGUCAAUCAACAUACUUCAAAUGCAAAAAUAAUCGCUGCAUUCCAGGACGAUGGCACUGUGAUUUUGAUAACGAUUGUGAAGAUAAUUCAGACGAAGAAAAUUGUGUACCACGAAACUGCUCUGAAAGUGAGUUUAGAUGUGAUAACGGACGGUGUAUAAAAGCUUCUUGGCGAUGUAAUGGAGAAUUUAAUUGUGAGGAUCGCACUGAUGAAUUACAUUGCAACAUCACAUGUAAACCAAAUGAAUUCCGUUGUAACUCGACUAACUUUUGCAUCUUAAAAGAAUGGAAAUGUGAUGGCGAUACAGAUUGUGCUGAUGGAUCUGAUGAAGAAUGUGAUCAUUCAUGCCCCUUAAACGAAUUUACUUGUAAAAAUGGACAGUGUAUUUCUUUCAUCUGGAGGUGCGAUGGAGAAAAUGAUUGUGGAGAUGGAUCAGAUGAAGAAUCUUCAUUGUGCAGUAGAUUAUCUUGUCCUCCUGGUAAAUUUCGUUGUAAAAAUAAUGUAUGUCUUCCUCAGUCCAAACUUUGUGAUGGUAAAGAUAAUUGUGGAGACAACUCUGACGAAGAUGAAAAAUUUUGUGCUAUGCGCAAUCAUUGUGGUGGGAAAAAAUUUAGCUGUGCCAAUGGCGUUUGUAUUGACUCUUCAUUUCAGUGUGAUCAAUUUGAUGACUGUGGAGACAAUUCUGAUGAAAAAGAUUGUGGUAAUUGCAUUUUUAUAAAUUAAAAAUACAGAAACUUUCUCUCUUCUGUUGCUCAAAUACACAGAAAUCCAUUAAAAGAAUUUUCUUCUGUUGAUUAGUAAAAUUAGUAAUGCUGUUACAGGUCAGCACUAAGAGUUGUAUCAAUAUUCUGUGAUUGUGCAAACUGGCCAUUCUCAAAGAGUAUCUAAUGAAUACAUCUCUAAUUUUUGUUCAGUUUCUGCAACUGUUUCUUGAUCAUUUCAACAAUUUGGAAAAAGUUUUAGUUCUCAGCUGUUAAAGUAGGAGAAAGAGUCAAAAUUUGACUGACUACACUAUUGGUUUUUGCAUUUCCUGAUGUUUUAAAAUAACACAUGAACAAAAUUCUCUCUCUCUCUCUGUGUGUGUUGGCCUGUUCUUUGUUUUAUAUAUCAAAACUCUAUGAACAAAAAAUUUUGAAAUUUGGCAGGAAUACUUCUGUUUGUGUGGUGCAUUCAUAAAAUUAUAUUUUGGUGUGAAGGUCCGAAACCCUUUUUCUGGUUUAG